CGGGACCGGGCAGUCUUCCACUCAAUUUCUUAAUCUAUCGGCCUGCACUAUCCCUCCUGUAUGGUGGAUAUUAUAUUAAAUUCUUCUUUCUUGGGUGAUAUGGGGGAUCAUUCCAAAAAGAAGUCUGGAAUCGCAAUGUGUGUGGGCUGUGGGAGUCAGAUCCACGACCAGUAUAUCCUACGGGUCGCCCCGGACCUGGAGUGGCAUGCUGAGUGUCUGAAGUGCUCGGAAUGCAGUCAGUACCUGGAUGAGACGUGCACUUGCUUCGUCCGAGAUGGCAAAACAUACUGCAAAAGAGAUUAUGUAAGAUUAUUUGGGAUUAAAUGUGCAAAAUGUAACAUUGGCUUCUGCAGCAGUGAUCUGGUGAUGAGAGCUCGUGACAACGUUUACCACAUGGAGUGUUUUAGGUGCUCGGUGUGCAGCCGGCAGCUUGUGCCGGGGGAUGAGUUCUCUCUGCGGGACGAGGAGCUGCUCUGUCGGGCCGAUCACGGGUUACUUCUGGAACGGGCCUCAGCGGGAAGCCCCAUUAGUCCGGGAAAUAUUCUCUCCAGGUCUUUUCAUAUUGCUGAUCCUGUGUCAGUUCGACAGCCUCCUCAUCGGAACCACGUCCACAAGCAGUCAGAGAAAACCACUCGGGUGCGAACAGUAUUGAACGAGAAGCAGCUUCAUACCCUUCGGACCUGUUACAAUGCCAACCCAAGACCAGACGCUCUUAUGAAAGAACAAUUGGUAGAGAUGACCGGUCUUAGCCCAAGGGUCAUCAGAGUUUGGUUUCAGAACAAACGUUGUAAAGACAAGAAGAGAACUAUAUUCAUGAAGCAACUUCAACAACAGCAUCACAUCGAUAAAACUAAUCUUCAGGGGCUGACGGGUACACCUAUGGUGGCAGGCAGUCCAAUUCGACACGACAAUACGGUCCUAGGGAACCCAGUAGAGGUGCAGACUUACCAGCCCCCCUGGAAGGCCCUGAGCGAGUUCGCCUUGCAGAGUGACCUGGACCAGCCCGCUUUCCGGCAGUUGGUGUCUUUUUCUGAAUCGGGCUCCAUGGGUAACUCCUCCGGCAGUGAUGUGACCUCCUUGUCGUCGCAGUUGCCGGACACCCCGAACAGCAUGGUACCAAGUCCGAUGGACACGUGAGACCAGCCCAACAGUGACGCUUCGAACUCCAGCAUGCUCCCGCGUGCUCUGCAUGAGAAUUGGCUAGUUAACAGCUUUGAGAGGAAAAGGAUUUCAUCUUAUUUAAAGAACAAUAACGCUGGAUUUGUCUAUGAGGAUGCACAAUUUGUUCACGGAGGGACCGGUCUGCAUUGCUCAGGAUCGGAUGAAUUUUAAGUUACCAGCCAGUGACAACCAAGGGCUAUAACUAAAGCGGAGGCUGAGCCUCGGAUCUUACCUACAUGGUUGGACAUAGCCUACGUGAGGAUUAUAUCUACAAACAUUCAACUUUAUUAUGAGUCGCUAGCUUGUAAUGAUGAACAUAUCAGAACAUUAUCCAUAGUGGCCAACAGUUGUAUAGUUUCAUCUAUGUAAGUUCCCUAUGUCGGGUUACGACCAUGACUCUGUAGAUGUGCAUGAUUUCUAGAGAUGAUUUAAAAUCAAGCCCUGUAAAAUAUUGUAAUUAAGUGGAUGGGAUACAGAUUGUGGAACCUUUCAAGAAAAAGUAAGUUAUUGAUAUUUAUUAUGCGAAAAUGUAGGCUAUCGUAAUAAACCCAUAUGAACGGUU